UAUUUUUUGUUUCUUCUUUUAAGUCUAAAAGAGUAGUUAAGAAUAGUAUGGAUAAAAGAAAUUGUAUUGUAGGAAUAAUAUCAUGUGCAUCAACGUUAUGUCUGGUAUUUGGUGCUAUUAGUAAAUCUUGGUGGAAAUUUGUUUCUCUCAAUCUUGAAAUAGGGUUAUUGAGCAUCACAACUCAAGAAGGCACUUUUUAUAGAUCAAGCAUUUUAAAGUUUUAUAGUUUGGAUGAUCCAAGAGGUGUAGAAAAAGAUAUUAUUUUAAUUUUGAUUAUCAUUGGAGGAGGAUUCUCUCUGUUGUCUUUUUUUAUUGCCGUCUUUUUACCUUGUUUUGGAAAUGGACCAUGUUGGUUUUGUGGCUGCACAAUACUAUUCAUAACCACAUUAUUGGCCGGAGGAUGUAGUCUAGCAGCAUCUAUUUUUGCCGAAAUCAACUUUAAAUCGGAUUGGAAACAAUCAGAACACGGGUAUUCGGCCCAAUUAACAUGGGCUGGUUCAGUUUUGUGUGUAAUUACAUUUAUAAGUUCAUUUUUAAUACUUUGUCGAACACCAGAUGAUUAGUUUGACUCGUUUUUAUAUAAUUUUUUAUAAAUAUUAUACAGUUUUUUGUUUGUGUACAUAAAUAGAUUUGUUAAUUUUCAAAUUUUUAAACUGCUAUGUAUUUGUUUAUUUUUGUCGUUAUUCUAUGUGAAAUUA